UCUAUAUAUACGAGCUUCAUCAAUAUCUCUGAUUAUUUCAGUUCUGCUACAUAUCAUACGAAGGCAAAGACAAUGAACACUGAUCCAAAAACUCCAUUGCUGAGUCCUCCAAGUUCCAUAACAAGGAAAAAUGAGGGAAGAACACAAAAGGGUGUCCUUAUUUUCAUUGUUUCCAUCGUUUUUCUCAUGUCAUUGGCUGCACUUGUCAUAAGCCUCCAUAGCCAUAACAUCCAACCUUUACUAAGUAUUAUCCAGAAGCCUCUCACGAUCGAGAUCAACUUAAGGUCUCUACCAUUACAGCCUCGAGGUAUUGCAGAAGGUGUUUCAGCAAAGUCAAAUCCAUAUCUAUGGCAGAUAGGUUCAUAUAACUGGACAAACGCCAUGUUAUCGUGGCAAAGAACAGCUUUUCAUUUUCAACCUCAGAAGAACUGGAUGAACGAUCCUAACGGUAUGGUCUUUUCAUUUGCUGAAUUGCUCUUCAGAUUUAUCCUUUUAUUUCUAUAUUUUCAUGCUUCCAUGUUUAAGAGUUUGACGUGAGCUUUCAGUUUAGCUGAACCUCUGUCAUGGCGACCACGUUUGAAUUAUAAUCAGAUGUUGAAUCUGGUUUUUCCUCGUAAAACAUGUUAUUUUUUUAACGUUGAAUUGUCACAGGUCCAUUGUUUUACAAGGGGUGGUACCAUUUGUUUUACCAAUACAAUCCUGAUUCAGCUCUGUUUGCAAACAUAACGUGGGGCCACGCCGUAUCAAGGGACUUGAUUCACUGGCUCCAUCUUCCCAUUGCGAUGCUUCGAGAUUCCUGGUACGAUAUCAACGGUGUAUGGUCAGGAUCGGCCACGCUUUUGCCAGAUGGCAAAAUCGUCAUGCUCUACACUGGUAGCACCCAUCAGAACGUGCAAGUCCAAAAUCUUGCGUACCCCGCCAAUCUAUCUGAUCCGCUUCUCAUUCAUUGGGUCAAGUACUCUGAUAACCCACUCUUGGUGCCUCCACCGGGAAUUGGGCCCAAGGAUUUUCGUGACCCAACUACUGCGUGGAUUGGGCCUGAUGGCAAAUGGAGGAUCGCUAUUGGGUCAAAGGUCAACCAGACAGGUCUUUCGUUGGUGUAUAAAACCCAAGAUUUUAUCCACUACGAACUCAAUGAUCAGUACAUGCAUGAGGUCCCGGGUACGGGUAUGUGGGAGUGCGUGGACUUUUACCCGGUUUCGGUAAAUGGGUCGGAUGGGUUGGAUACAUCUGCAAAUGGGCCAGAUGUGAAACAUGUGUUGAAGUCUAGUUUGGAUGACACUAGGGGGGAUCAUUAUGCUAUUGGGACGUACUUCAGUGAAAAUGAUACGUGGGUGCCCGAUAACCCGGAUGAGGAUGUGGGUAUCGGGUUGAAGUUGGACUAUGGGAGAUUCUAUGCGUCAAAGACGUUUUAUGACCAAUACAAAAAGAGAAGGGUCUUGUGGGGUUGGAUCAACGAAUCAGACAGCGAAACCGCUGACUUGAAAAAGGGUUGGGCAUCUCUUCAGAGUAUUCCAAGAACAGUGGUGUUUGACAAUAAAACUAGAGCUCAUUUGCUUCAGUGGCCAGUGGAAGAAAUAGAGAGCUUAAGGCUUAGCAGUUAUGAAUUUGAAGAAGUCGUGGUUAAGCCGGGCUCAGUUCUGCCAUUGGACAUAGGCCCUGCCACACAGUUGGACAUAUUUGCUGAAUUUGAAAUCGAAUAUUUAGCAUCCAAAGAGACCGAGAAGAAGGAAAAUGUAGGGUGUGGAAAUGGAGCUUUUGACAGAAGUAGUCUGGGACCAUUUGGCAUUCUGGCUAUUGCAGAUGACCAACUUUCUGAGCUAACACCAAUUUAUUUUCAUCUUUCUAGUACUACCACCAGUUUAACAUCUUCCUUCUGUGUUGAUGAAACCAGGUCUUCAAAGGCUCCUGAUGUUUCAAAACUCGUUUUUGGAAGCGAAGUUCCAGUCGUCAGUGAUGAAAGAUUAUCAAUGAGGAUAUUGGUGGACCAUUCAGUCAUUGAGAGCUUUGCUCAAGGAGGGAGAACUGUGAUAUCGUCUAGAGUUUAUCCAACAAAAGCAAUUUACGAAGCUGCAAGAUUGUUUGUGUUCAACAACGCAACAGACAUAAACAUCAAGGCCUCACUCAAGAUUUGGCAAUUGAACUCAGCUUUUAUACGUCCCUUUCCCUUUGACAAGAAGUUGUGAAUGUGAAAAUUAUGUUUUGGAGUAGGGUAUACUAUAGCCCCUCCUUGGGAAAAAUAACAAUGAAUCUUGUGGCAUCUACCAUAUAUAAAACUGAUAAGUUUUAGGUUGAGUUCCAAUAUGAGUGGCUAGCAGCCAUAACACUUGGGAUGAGCCAAUUGAUUCA